GAAAUGAUGUUUGUAUAAACUUAUGGUUUGAAUCCCAAUACUUUUUGAAGAGCUCGGUCUCUCUGUUAUUCCGGAGCGGACCAAUAUCAAAAGAAGUUUCUGGAUGGGAACAUAUUGGAACAGACCUCAUCAGGAACAUGAUGUUACCAAUUUCAGACAUAUCUCAUUUGAAAGAAUCCAAACGAAAAGUCCUAGUGGGUCUUAAUCUUAAAGAAUUUUCAGCUAAACCUUCUUCAAAAAAUGGUGAAUUCUUCAAGUUUGGAUUUUGCCUCCUCAUGAUCAUAAUAUUAAUAAUAAAUACCUACCUAAACACAUCUUGUUUUUUGAAGAUCCCAUCAACCUAUCUCGGAAUCAGGCGGCCGCAGGCUUGUGAUCAUUUAUUCGUUAAUUUUGCUUACCUACUUCGGUAAUUAUUUUGAGAAAUUAACACUCUCUAUCAAUUCAAACCUCCAAAUUCUUUAUUUACAGACCCCACAAUCCAUAAGUUGCCUUCUGGCUCGAGCUUUUACAAUGGAACACAUCAGUGGAGACCUUCCUGUCACUAAUCUGGUUUCUGACUGCUCCUCACAAUCUACUUUGGAUGAGUCGAUCUCCGGAACAACCAAGAUCGAAGAUCCAACUCUCAGACCUGACCCCUCGUUCAUACAAAACCAGAUUUCCCUUCAAAGGAGUCCUACGACGAAAUCUCAUGUGUCAGCCCUCUCUGGACAAUUAUCAAUAAAAUCUAAUGGAAGCAGUCCUCGGCUAGGGUUUUCAGCACUUGCCAUCGCUCAUGGUGAAGACAGAAUCAGAGAAGAUGAUCGGAGGGGAUCACGUGGUAAUUCAGAGGGAAGCAAUACUGGAGAAGUCAACAGAUCUACACUAUUGAAAUCGAAUUCCUAUUCUUCUGGUCUGUCAAUGAAAUCAGAGAAGUCAGUCCAUUCCGUCAACGUCGUUGGUAACUAUCCCCUCGGUACCUUGAGAGUUCACUCUCCAUCACCAACCAGAGAGCGUGGUGUGGAGCAUCAUGAAGUCUUGAAAGAUGGCGAUGUGAUUAUCAUUCGAAGCCUUCCGGCAGGCUCAAUGUUUGGAUACGACACAAAAGCUUAUACUAUCAAAAGCGAAGGAACUCUUGAGGGCGUUAAGAAUAUUCCUCCUGGAGCCCAUUUCUUCUGGGGCGGAUCGGCGAAUGGGUCCUCGCGCACCGGUUUCUGGUUUAUGAGUAUGAAACUAGCUUCGGACGAAUACGGCGAGGCUCAUGUCUUAAGGUGGGAUAAUUAUCAUGAGUGUUUGGAAGAGGAGGUUAGCGAAGCAGAAAAACGAAUUCAAAAGGCCAGCAUACCUGAAAUCGUCAAUAAACUCGAACCAUACUUGAAUAAUGCUUCAGUCCCAAGUCCAAGACUCGCUGGCUCUGUUUCCGCUUCACCAACUUUCGUCAAUUCCACAAGUUCUCCGAUCGCUACUGAAGACAUUUAUGGAAACGACAAGUGGCAUCACUUGACCUCUUGUAUCAAGCAUCCCUACCUUAAGAGAGUUACCGGCGGCAAGUGGAAUAGCUGGAAAGUCUCGUCUAGUCAUGACAUUAAGACGACAGAGCUACAGGCUUCAAGCGCCCCGCGUGAUACCAAGGGCAGCAGUACGAAUUUUGAUGGGGAUGAUUUUCUUAAUUUCGUUUUCCCAAGAAAUUCACGUACCUUUUCCGAUACAUCUACUGGUCGCGAGCGCACUGAGCAGGCAAUCGAUAGUACAGCUUAUAUCGUUGAUGCUAUCGCAAACUGCACUUAUGAAGACUCAGAUGAGAUUAUUGGAGAGUUACAGUUUUGCUAUAUCACUGGAAUGGUCCUUGGAAACCUUGCUUGUAUGGAACAGUGGGGUAUCAUUAUCAGCAAGCUAUUCGGAGCAUAUCGCCUUUCCAUGGAUUACCCAGUUUUCUUCCGCAAGGUAAUCACCGCCGUUCAUGCCCAGUUUAUGUAUGAUGAAGAGGGGUUCGAUACCAGUAUCUUUGAUCAUGAUUCUCAUCUUGGCGAUGAUUUGAAGAUCAUUCUCACCAAGUUCAAGUCUCGUCUAAAUGAGCAACUUCUCUCUAAUGGUUCCAAGAUCACUCCCGAGCAGGAAGAAGUGGGAAAAGCAUUUGAAGCAUUUGAGUCUUGGCUCUGGAAAUGGGGAUGGGAUCUACGGGGGAACUAUCUUAGGUCUGGAAAAUUCCAGCUUGAGGAUGGAGAGAUGAUCGACGCAGAGCUCAAGGAUUUUGAGGACGAGGAUGAACGAGGUGAGUACGCGCCGAUGGUAGUAGAUCUCGAUGAAGACGGGCUCGAGAAAGAUCGCAUAAUUCUGUAGCAAAUCAAAUCAUCUUACUCAAUGCUUACAUCCCACCACACUUCACAUGCCUCUUAUCUAACACUAUUUAUCUCCGACACCAUCCA